AUGGGCUACCGCGACUUUGUGGGGGUGUUGGACCCUGAAAAAGUGGUUAAGGGGGUGGUGAUGGACCCCAAAAGGAGCCCCCCGGAGGAUGAGUUUCGAAGUAAGGUGGCGUGUGAAAAUGACGUUUUGCAACUGAAAUGCAACCCAAAUUCAAGGAUUGCUGUCUAUUCAGCAAGUUUUGGCAGAACCGAAUAUGAGAGCGUCAGAUGUCCACAGCCUCAGGGUGUCAGAGAAGAAACUUGCCUUGUGAGCUACGCCACAGAGACAGUGAUGCAGAUAUGUCAUGGAAAGAGAAGGUGCACCUUAUCAGCUGAUGCCUCCACAUUUGGCAAUCCGUGUCAGAAGGAGUCACGCAUGUACCUCAAGGUCGUCUACACGUGUGUCCCCAGAAAAGUUCUGAGAGAACAGUACGAGGACCGUCUGGAGGAUGACGAGCAUCUAGAGGGGGAAUACCUAGACAUGGACUACGAUGCAGUCGACGAUCUCUUCAGAGAGCCGGACUCCUUCUCCCCCUCACCCAACCUGGCCGGCAACCUCAGUGGUCUCCUCCCCCAGAGGCCCUCUUCACCCCCACCUCCCUCCCAGCCCCACAAGGAGGACAAGCUCAAAGGUGUUGACUCGCGUUCGGCCGAGUCUUACCGACGCAUGGCGAAAGACAUACAGGGUGACUCUGAGUCAAAGUCGGCCGAGUCAAGUCGAGUCAUCAACUGCUCUGUCACUAUAUACACUAACAGUCGCACUAGAGUCAUCGGAUUCAUAUCCGAGUGGAUUAACACUUACAACUUUCUAACGCAAAACCAGGAAAAACUGUACCUUUACCUGAUAGUGAGCGUGUGUUUCGGCCUACUCUCUCUACUAUCAUUGGUGAUAGGACGGUUGCUCUGGCAACGCCACGUGACGCGACGACGCCUCAACAAAGAUGGCGGCCCGGGCGUCACGACGCUGCCCAAUGGCUUUGCAGACGACAUCAGUGAGAUUGAUGCAGACAUCGAUCUGACGAGUGUCAACGUCAAUUCGCCCGCGAUCACUAUUUUGCCCGCGCAGGGUCAUUCGCCUAGCGAGGUGGUGCGAUACGCAGGCAGUGGUGACGUCACAGCGCCCCGCAGUUUGAGUCGUUCAGCAGUGAACAGCAGCCAAUACUACUAUGGCUGACCCGAACCAGGGGGGCAAAAUCUACCCCCACCCCCUGAGCCCCCUCUACCGCCCCAACCAUCACCCCCUCAGCCUCCCCACCCCCACCAGAGUGUGUGCCCUCCGUCAAGGACUUACUGCUUCUAGCAAUCAGCUCCUGUGCAACUGGUCAGUUCGGAUGUCACUCAUUUGUAGACAAUGAUGAUGUCACGAUGUCCGUCAUUUGUCGAUGAUGAUGACAUCAUGAUGUCAAUCAGUUGUCGAUGAUGAUGACGUCACGAUGUCAAUUAUUUGUCAAUGAUGAUGACGUCACGAUGUCAAUCAUUUGUUGAUGAUGAUGAUGAUGACAUCACGAUGACAAUUAUUUGUUGAUGAUUAUGAUGUCACAAUGUCAAUCAUUUGUCAAUGAUAACAUCACAACUGCCAGACAGCGCACGAAAUAUAUUUAAAAAAUAAUUUGUAAGUGUGUUAGAUACUAACCUGACCUAAGUGAACAAGACUAACCUAACCUAAAUAUUAAGUGAUUAUUGUGGUGACGUCAGGAGGUGACUAAUUCUAAGAUGAUGAUGACGUCAUGAUGUCCAUCAUUUGUGGAUGAUGAUGUCAGCACAACUGCCAGAAAGUGUGCAAAAUUUUAAAAUAAUCUGUAAAUGUGUAAGAUACUAACCUGACCUCAGUGAACGAGACUAACCUAACCUAAUUAUUGAAUGAUGAUCGAGAAUGUGCUAAGUGGGACUGUUUUACAGAUGUAUUUGUCGCUGGAACAACCAAUAUCCAAAAAUCAGUGUGUGAGUGUAUAUAUGUAAUAAAAUACUAAGAUGAGGUACCUGUACCUCAAAUGGUACUAAGAUGAGGUACCAGUACCUCAAAUAGUACUAAGAUGAGGUACCAG